GCAGUCACAUUGUUGCAGAUCCAACUGCAAGUCCAACUCCAAGUCGCGCUAUGCUUUGCACAACCAUCAAAAUCUGGCUGCUUCUCGGACUGCUCCACGGCACUGUGGGCGAGAGAAAAUGGGACUACGAGCCUGUGUCCAUAGAUACCUACAGCACGGAUGAGAGCAAGCUGAAGGUUGAAUCCAAAAUCGACCGUCUGAAGCGCGGAGAGUUCGGAAUUUCGUGCACCGUGGAGUGGAAAUACGAUGUGGAUGAGACCACAAUGGUCGAGGCCAGUGCUUACCGCAGCAAUUCCGGGGCGGAGAACGACUAUAAGGUCCUGCCCUGGUCUAUACCCAAGCAGUCCUACUAUGAUUAUCUCAACACGUACUACAAGGACGUGCUCAUCCCGAACCUUGGCCACUGCUCGAAUCUGCCGCAGUUCGAGGGGAAGUUCCAGCCGCCGUGGCCGAAGGACACCUACCUCGUCGACAAAUGCGUCUUCGAAGGCCAGGGGCUUCCCGAAGUUGUUCCGCCCGGUUUCUACAAGAUCAUAUUCAUAACAACUGUUUUUCGGAUUCGGAAUGAAUAUAGAAAUUUCCACACAUUUGGGAUACCAACAUUCGAAGAUUCAAUUCAUCUACCGACAGAUCCCACACGUAUGUGGAAAAAGCAAUGACAAUUGGAGAAAGUACUAGGAUAUAGAUGACUAGAAGCUUUCAAGCUGUAAGAUAAACGCAAGGGUAUAAAUAGUGUACCAAAAUCACAUGGUCGCAGAGCAGACUUCUUGCCAGAACCUGGCUUUUGUGGUGGGGAUUUGUGGUGGAUGUGGAUGUGUGUAACACCCAGAAGGAAGCGUUUUCGACCCCAUAAAGUAUAUAUAUUCUUGAUCAGCAUCAAUAGUCGAGUCGAUAUAGCCAUGUCCGUCCGUCUGUCCGUGUAAAGAAAAAUGGAAACAGAUCAAAUCUAAUACAUCAAAUCAAAAUCUACCAAACGGUUCGUCCGAAUUUUUCAGAAUUUAGAUUAUUUUAAAUAAAUAAAGUAGAGCCGCGGGAAAGACAGCGGCUACAACGUU